CCCUUCCUUCCUUGCGCGGGGUCCCUUCAGCCGUCUCCAUGGCGCCUUCCUCGCAGAGCGCGGACCUGAAGAGAGCCGGCAAUGAGCAGUUCCGCCACGGGCAGUACAGCCAGGCGGCGGCGCUUUACAGCCGGGCCUUGGCCUCACUGGAGGCGGCAGGGGAUGCAAAUGCAGAAGAGAAAAGUGUUCUUUACUCCAAUCGUGCUGCGUGCUAUUUGAAGGAUGGGAACCUUAGCCUGUGCAUUAAGGAUUGUUCUGAUGCCCUGGAGCUUGUUGCUUUUAGCAUCAAACCCUUGUUGAGGCGGGCAGCAGCCUAUGAAGCUCUUGAGAGGUACAAUUUAGCCUAUGUGGACUACAAAACUGUACUACAGAUUGAUUGUUCUGUACAGGCUGCACAUGAUGGCGUCAACAGAAUGACCAAGGCUUUAUUGGACAAAGAUGGUCUUCAGUGGCGCCAGAAGCUCCCACCCAUCCCAACUGUUCCUGUUUCUGCUCAGAAAAGGUGGGAGCCACCUCCUGAUGGAAACAAAAUGAAUGCUGCUGCUCCUGUAACAAAUCAAGUGCCUUCAGCUGCUACAACCAAACAAGCAAACACGUUGAAACUAGAAGGAAAUGAAUUUGUAAAGAAAGGCAACUAUAAGAAAGCUGUAGAAAAGUACACACAGAGUUUAAAACUCCACAAGCUUGAAUGUGCAACUUAUACUAACAGGGCUCUUUGCUACCUGAAUCUAAAGCAGUACAAAGAAGCGAUUCAGGACUGUUCGGAAGCUCUUAAAAUAGAUCCAAAGAACAUCAAAGCAUUUUAUAGACGAGCUCAAGCAUACAAAGAACUUAAGGAAUGGAAAAUGGACGACGAAUUUGGACUACGACUCCAGUGA